AACACAUUUCGUUUGAAAGGUUUCUCAUUAUUAGUGCUUUUCAUUGAGAUUUGCACUCAAUUUGGCAAAUGUUUGCUAUAAUUAGAGCGGUUCAUAAAUGGAGACAAUUGUCGCCAAAUGUGCACCACGCGAAGAAAUUGGUUGCUUUUGAAUCAAGUGUUUCCUUCAAAUCGGACAUCGAUUGGAAGCAAUCGGAGGAAUACACCAAAGAUUUGCCGGACCCGAGUCUCGCCAAUCCGUACCGCAAAGCCAAACAAAUCUGUAUUUUAUGUAAAUAUGGUAUAGAAGUGGACUAUAAGAACGUGCAACUGUUGAGUCAAUUCGUGAGUCCAUAUACGGGACGACUGUAUGACAAACACAUCACCGGUUUGUGUGAAACCCAGCAGAAAGUGGUGGAGAGGGAGCACCGGAAGGCCAUCCGAUAUCAUCUCAUUCCUGCCGUCUAUAGAGAUGUGAAGUAUCACAAAAAUCCGAGACUCUUUGAUCCGACACGACCUCAGCGGCCAAACCCUUACUGAUCCACUAAUGCAUCACCACUUGUGUCAUACAUUGAAUGACAACUUAUUGAA